AUGGCGGGCAGACAAGCAGCCCUAGAGGGAGACAAGGAGGCGGCUUUUCUGCUGCUGGGACUGAGAAGUUCAGCUGGGAAGCAGAUGCUGCGUGGUGCCACCACCACUGUCAACGCCCUGCCAGGGAGUGCAACAAGAGGUGGGGAGAAAGAAGCAGGAGACUCAGCACCAACCUCCAAGGCCAAAGGAAAACUGGAGCAAGGCAGUCACAAAUCCAUGCAGGCUUGCAGUGACAUGUGGAAGACUGAGGGCUUUGCCCUCUCUCUGGAGCCAGUUCUCAUCAGGCUGAGAGACAAGGACACGGAGCAGCCACUCAACAGUGGAGAUGCUUCGCUCGCGCACAAGGCUCUGGCCAGCAAGGAAGCUUUCAAGCGCAUCGGUAUCCCGGUCAUCGCAGCCGUCCUGAGCAUCGCGAUUCUCGCCACGGCCAUCUUCCUCAUCAAGAUGGCUGUGGACUCCUACUACUUCUUCUGCGGCCAAACCUUCCAGUUCAUCCCUCUGAGCCUUCAGUGCGACGGGCGCGUCGACUGCGCCUGGGGGGAAGAUGAAGCCGGCUGCGUGCAGCAAGUGCCCGACGGGCCCCUCGUGGCAGUGCGUCUCUCCCGCGACAGGUCCAGCCUGCAAGUGCGGGACAAAGAGACGGGCGGCUGGGCCUGGGUUUGCCACGGCACCGCGUUUGACAUGGCAAUGGCGACGGCAGCGUGCAAGCAGAUGGGCUACAGCAGGGUCCCCUCCUUCAGGGCCGUGGCAAUUGGUGCCGCGCAGCAGGGGCAGCCCCUCAGGGAGGUGAUUCUGCAGGGCGGGGAGCUCCGCUGGAGAGAUUCGGAAAGGCAGUGCCUCUCUGGUCUCAUCGUCUCUCUGUCCUGCUCCAGUUGUGGCUACAACUUGAGGUCCCCACGAGUUGUGGGUGGUAGCCCAGCUUCCAUUGAAACGUGGCCAUGGCAGGCCAGCCUGCAGCACAAGGGGCAGCAUGCCUGUGGGGGGAGCAUCAUCGACCCCCAAUGGGUUGUGACGGCAGCACACUGUUUCCGGAACCACCUGGUGACUAAGCACUGGAAAGUGGAAGGCGGGUCAGAAACCCUCUCGAGUGCCACUGCUGUCCCUGUAGAGAAGGUUUUUGUCAUCGACAUCAAGUACAUGUUUCCCAAAGACAUGGACAUUGCAUUGGUCAAAUUACAAUCCCCCUUGGGCUUCCCAGAAUCAGUGAAGCCUAUUUGCCUGCCUUUCUUUGACGAGGAAAUAGUUCCAGGAACCCCAUUGUGGAUCACAGGCUGGGGGUACACCAAGCAGGAUGGUAUGCUGUCCAAGAAGCUACAGCAGGCAGAGGUAGAGUUGAUUGACAGCCGCAUCUGCAACACACCUGAUGCCUACCAGGGGGAAGUCACAGAAAAGAUGCUCUGUGCAGGCGGCGAUCAGGGCAGAGCUGACACCUGCCAGGGAGACAGUGGAGGGCCACUGAUGUUCCAGCAGGGGCAAUGGCACCUUGUGGGCAUCGUCAGCUGGGGCCAUGGUUGUGGAAGCCCCAGCACCCCAGGAGUCUACACCAAAGUCCAGGCCUACCUCAACUGGAUCUACACCAUCCUCAGGUCAGAGUCCUGAGAAUGGGCUGGAUCCUGCACCUCCCCACACAUCCCCCCUGCCUGGAGCAGCGUGUGUGGGAAAGGAUGGCCUUCCAGUCACACUGAAGCCUUCCCGGAAGUCCCAGGGGUGGGGAAGCAAGAGGGCAGCUGCAGGAAGGAGCCCUCAGCAAGGCAGUGCAUGUGGCUCCUGGAGACGACGCUGAUUUAUGGUGGCUGUGGCUGGGAGCCCAGGUGAGGCCACCUGCAGUGCUCUUUUCAGAACUCUGGGAGCUGUUGCGAUCCAGGAGGGGCCGUUUGUUUCCCAUGACCUGGCCCUUGCAGAGAGUGGCUGGGCCCAGGCCUCCUCGCAGGACAACAGCCUGUGGCCUUGAGGCGUCUGCUUCCCCUCCCCUCCUCUGACUUGGGCCACUGA